AUGGAGUGCCCCGAAGCGGUAGAACGAGGCCGGAAUUUUCGUUUACUCGCUGAAGAGGAAUUAUACAAGCUCCUAGAUUUUCUCACGGAAUACUUGCCUAAUUCGUUGAAGUUUCAACAAACCGUAUUAACUUACAUAAGAGACAGAGUCUGGGAAUUCCAUUUCUACGUGGCUAACAAUUGGCCCGAGGACGCAAUCUGUUUACAUUUUCCCGGAAUGACAUUAUCUCCACAUGGUUUGGUGUACGAGAGUGUCGGUGUCUUCUGUCCGAACGAUCGACUAGACCUGCUUCGCCUUCUCCGAGAGGAGGACAUUCUGAUAGACUGGUCGAGACCUUUGUACAUUAAUUUCGUUCACUCCGAUAUUGCUGAGGAAUUAACGCGUCUUUACGAAGGUACCGGCACCAUCGAGACGGUGGUAGGUGAUGUCUGCGCGUGCGAGUACUUUGAGCAGGAAGAGGAGAGUCAACAAGCGGACAAGGAGUCUGACUCUGAUGUCCAGGUGCGGCCUCUUAAAGCCGAACAUGCCGAGGGAAUCCACGAAUUGUAUCCAGCUAAUGAUAUGGAAUGUCCCGAGGUUUUUCUUCGACUUAUCAGGACUCUAUCCGCGGCGGGAGUGUUCGUGAAGGAUAGCUUGGCCGCUUGGAUGGUUCAAUCUUAUUACGGAGCUAUGUUCUCUAUGCAGACCAAGCCGGAAUAUCGAAGAAAGGGUUAUGGGACAAAGUUAGCAAGGUACCUGACAAAACGCGUAGCCGAGAAAGGAUAUUAUCCGUUUGUAGUUAUACGUCCAGAAAAUGAAGCUAGUCAAAACUUGUACAAAAAGCUGGGUUUUAGACGGCUUUAUCAACUCGUUCGAAUGAUCUUUAUGCCUUUUACGUGGCAAGAGAGCGAGAACGAUGCAAAUAUUCUUAGGGAUAAUUUGGAAAAUGCCGUGAAACAGCUCACAAUCGAACAGAGAGUAAUAACGGCGUUGCACGGUCAGGAGGAGAGCGAAGAAACGAUACUAGAUCCCGCGGGAAUUACGGAAGACGAGACGAUUGUCGACACGUCGGAGAGGGGAGAAGAAGUCGAGGAACAACUUCUCGAAAUCAUUGAUGAACAGUCUGCAGAGAGGAUAUACGUCAUGGAGAAUAAUGCGGACGAUGCAACAAAUGACGAUGCGCCGGAAGUUGUGGAAGUUAACGGAUCUUGCGACUGCGAGACGGAUGCUGGAGGUGGCGACGAAUAAG